AUGAAGUACAGGCGCUGGAACAGAUGGAAGGAGUGGAGAGCCGCUCUGGAGGGUCUAGAUGAUGCCCAGCCGCCCGAGGCCCGUUCGCGGCGAAAGGGGCGGGUCUCCCGAGUCAUGCAUGACGUGGAGGAGGUGGAGGCGACCACGCCCGCUACACAGGACCACCCUAUGGCUGAAGAACCUGAGGAUCCACACGAGGAGUCCGUUGACGAUGAUGUUGUAUAUGAACCAGAGGGCGAUGGCAUAGAGGAUGAGGAUGACUGGGAGGAGCUAUGCAACGCCAAGGUUGUCGGGGGCGUCGACGCGGAGGCAACCUCCACGCCCAUUGUCGCGAGCGCACCCCCUGUGGGGGUCGACACCGAGGCCGUGAAGGAACGCUUGAUAGACGAGUUAAUGGAAGGCGAAGAGGAGGGCAACGAGGAGGGACACGCUGGUGGUCAGUCGUCAAGCAACGAUCCGUGUGGGGAAGACGGAUCAGAGGACGAGCACGCCCCGAAAGUGCCAUCUUCGAGGAAGCGGAAAGCAGCAACCGGUGGCCACGUCACACGCAAGGAGUUUGAGGCGUUGCGUGUCUGCGAAGGAUACCGCGAAGACAAUGGCUCGUCUGGAGUCACACGUACUAACAAUCAUUGCCCUUGGCGAGGGGCGCAAGCGCAAGCGGGCAUCUCCGGGUGCGGCGGCCACUCUUGGCAAGGAAGCUCUGAAGCGGAAACGCCAAUCACGGACGCCAUUAUCAACUGGGAGGUGUGCAAGGGGAAACUCUACAACCCUCCGUACGAGGACGGCGCUUCUGUGCGCCGAAUUCAGAAGCUGGCCUUUGAUGCCAUUGCAGAUGUCAUGUGCGGGAAUGAAGUGGCCUACGAUGAGGAAAAGAAGUCCUGGAAGUGGGGCAGGCAUGGGCUCCGUCUAUCAUCUUGCGGCCUGGAAUGCCUCCUGGAAGAUGAAGCAUCCUCCAAAGAUGACCAUCAGGAGUUCGAUGAGUCUGAUGAGUUGGAGAGUGAAUCCGAUGAGUGCCCUACUUAG